AUGGCGGUCGACUCGGCUAAUCACACUGGUUUAGUAGUUUCGAUUAUACGUUGUAUUUUUAAGUUCAGUUCUUCCUUUCCUUUCUUUUGGGUUGUAUUACGCCCGGUAGUUAUCUUUGUAAUCCGAGAAACCAACAAGAAUGGUGCUCGAACAGAAGACAAUGGCGGCGCCGAGGUUAAAUGGUCGUUCACGGAAUUUCUCAAAGCUUUUUUGGAACAUGUUUACGGCAAUUCUUGCCUGAGGCCGCUGCCGUCGGUUGUUGGUGAGGGGCAGGUUGUUGAUUUGCUUAAGCUUAAGAUUGUUGUGAGGAAGAGAGGUGGAUAUUGCAGAGUGUCGGAAAACGGGCUGUGGAGCUCGGUAGCAGCUGAUUGUGGGCUUGAUUUGAGGUUUUCAGCUGCUUUGAAGUUGGUAUAUGUGAAAUAUUUGGAUGCGUUGGAUAGAUGGUUGAGGAAGAUUGAGAAAUAUAGAGAGGACGGAGCAAGUGAGGAAAGGUGUUUCGAUUUUACUCGGUUUUUUAUGGGGUUGGAGUCGGGUCCGAAGGUUUUCGUAUCGAGUAAAAUUGAGAGAGAUGAUGGGUUUGCGGAGUUGAAGAAGACUGAAUUUGAAGUUGUUGAUGGAAAUCAAGUGUUUGUGGAGUUAAAUAUAGAUGUUGAGGGUUCUAAUGAGAAGGGGAGCAGUGAAAAUGGCGUUAGUGAUGAUGUGAAUAUUAGUAAGGAGAAAUCUGUUGACAAUGGCGGUGAUGGUGAUGAUCUAAGAGUGGAUCAGGACUCCGUUAGUAAGAAAAGGAAACGAGAGUGCUACACAGGCUUGCUGAAUUGGAUACAGAAUGUUGGAAAAGAUCCUAAUGGGCCUGCUGUUGAGCCAUUACCUGAAAUGCACAAGUGGAACUGUUAUGGGAGGGAGCUGCCGUGGAUGCAAAUUCUCACUAUUCGUGAGGCGAUGCUUUUGAGAAAGAAUGUAGAUGCAGGGUCUCAACGAACUGUCUGGCAGAAGAAGCAAAAGAUACACCCGAGCAUGUAUGAUGAUGAAGGGUUAAGAUGCAGUCUGAGGCUACUCUCCUCCAAGGAUCGGAAGUCGAGAGACAGGGGUGGAGCUGAAUCAUCUUCCUCAGAUUUUCAGACCGACGAGGAUAAUGCUGACAAACAGUCUGAUGCUGACUCCCCAAUCUAUUUGAGCAACUGCAGGAAGAAACGAAUCCCCAUAGGCUCAAAUCAUCAAGCAGAUUUGCCUGAGUUCCAAGGUGAGGAUUAUGAAAGUGAAGCUAAAUGGUUAGGUACCAAAAUCUGGCCUUUGGAUAAAGCAGAACAAAAGAAGAAAAGCCUAAUCGAAAGGGACCGUAUUGGAAAGGGAAGGCAAGAAUGUUGCGGAUGUCAGUUUGUUGGAUCUUUUGAAUGUGUGAGGUUCCAUAUUAGGGAAAAGAGGCUGAAAGUGAAGCUUGAACUUGGCUCCGCUUUCUAUCUGUGGAAGCUCGAUAUGAUUGGAGAGGACAUCGCAUUCUCAUGGACAAAAGAAGACCAGAACAAGUUCCACCAUACAGUGCAGUCCAACCGUCUCUCAUUGGAAAAAUACUUUUGGAACGAACUGUUCAAGCAAUUCCCAAAGAAGGGAAGGGAAGCAUUGGUGAGCUACUACUUCAACGUGUUCCUUCUCCAACGUAGAGCCAUCCAGAACAGAACCAGCCCGAUCAACAUUGACAGUGAUGACGAGGAGUCAGAAUAUGGGCCGGUUACUACUAGGUUUGGUGCUGGUUCGAUUUUUUGUUCCCCAAAGAAACCACAUACGAGUAGCAGAUAGGUUGUUGAUUCGAGGUGUGUAAAUCGCAGUUUUUUUGGUUCGAUAAAGCUCAUUUUGGUUUUGCAGUCAGACACGCCCGGUUUCAGGUGUACAGAUGGCUGAAUAUGAUAGAUGAAGCACAGUCAGAAGCAGUGGAAACAUACAUUUAGUUACAAGGUUACUGCAAUACUUUGCAAGGGCUAAUUUCUCUUUUUGGUAUGUCCAAAAAUUUAUCAUCUUUCAAAUUCAUUAUGAUUAUGAAUAUCAAGAACUAGCUUUUUUUUGUUAA